AUGGUCCUUGGAACCUGGAAAAAGUAUGCGUCGAGCUCUCUGAUUCGCCGAUCGUCGCAAACACUGGCAGUCAUAGAGAAGACUGCUUAUAUCUAUGGAGGCGAGCUGCGCCCUCGUGAGCCUGUCGACCCAGGCGUCUACGCUUGCUCGAUUGGUCAAGACUCAUCUUCUCCAGGACGCCGAGUCUCUGCUGUUAUGGUGCCACGGGCGCCACAGUCUCGCGUUGGCUCGGCUUCCACGGCUCUGAAAGGCAGAGUCUACGUCUUCUCGGGACGCGGUGGCACAGCCAUGGCACCGAUCGAAGAACACGGUGCUUUCUGGAGUUUUGACCCUGCCACUCAAUCCUGGUCUGAAAUCAUACCGCGAGACCCUCAGUCACCAUUCCCUCCCGGUCGGAGCUAUCAUGCUCUCACAAACGAUGGCAAUGACACAAUAUAUCUGCAUGCUGGCUGCCUAGAGAAGGACAGACUCAGCGAUUUGUGGUCGUUUAGUGUGUCUCAACGGAAAUGGCUGCAGCAUGCUGCAGCUCCGGAUCCAGCCAGAGGCGGCACAUCGAUCGCUUUUGCGCGGGAGAAGCUGUGGCGCAUGAAUGGAUUUGACGGAACAAAGGAGCAAGGUGGAACUCUCGACGUCUUUGACCCUAGGGAUGGUAACUGGAACACGAUUUCGUUUGCUGCAGACGACCAGGAGGGACCUGGGCCGAGGAGCGUUUGCUGCUUGCUGGCAUUGAAAAUACGUGGCCGUGAGAGUCUCUUGACCAUGUUCGGAGAGAGUGAUCCAAGUAAUUUGGGACACCAAGGUGCUGGCAGAAUGCUGGGAGAUAUAUGGGUUUUUGACAUUGACUCUGGACACUGGCAAGAGGUCCGCUCCUGGGAAGGACAAGACAAACCUCUGCCGCGUGGGUGGUUCGCCGCCGACGUGGUCGCCGACUCGAGUGUUAUAAUUCAAGGUGGGCUCGCGGCGUCAAAUGAACGACUUGACGACGUUUGGAUGUUGGAGUUUAGUUGA